AAGACAGGCCAAUCAAUGAUCUCUACCGUCCAUCUAUUUUUAAAUAUUCUUUGUUCCCGUCCAAUUAAAAUGCGGGUGGGCGUGAACAAGUCGGCUCGCGCCCACCACAGUGCUGAGCGCUCGCGCAGGGUCGAAUGCCAUGACAGCUUGGGAAACGUCCUCACUCGAGAAUGGCGGCUGCCGCCUGCAGUGCUCUUAGUACCUUGACUAACAACACAACCAAACCGCAUAAAGAACACCUGCGGAAAAGUAGAGAUUCGCGGCGGAGACAAGCAGCUAUUCUAUUCCUUAGUAACAUUUCAUUAGACGGACGGCCAGUCCAGCCGAGAGACCAUGGAAACCAAGAUCACCGUCCCAGAGACAGCGAGUUCCCGGGGUCGGAUAUCGAGGCGACUGUGGCGGAGAUGUCAACGGCAUCUAGUAGCUGUGGGACCUUCGCUAAUAUACCUACGGCUAUAAACUGCGGGACCGUUGGGAACGUUAGCUCUGUGCCGAGACUCGGGAUGAUCACUGUCCCGCCCAUUCUCGUUGUGCCUUCGGACUCGUUCAGUGAUGAGACCACGGAGGUAUUUCUGGAGAGGCGAGGAGGGUCGUUUUCCUCACAGGGAAAUCUCCUGUCUCCCUCGAGUCUGCUUCCUACUCCUCUGGGAGCGCGAAAGUCCUCCACGUUGCUGUCGGUCCAGAGUUGUAAUUCGGUAACUUCGGAACCGGGACGAAGUCGGACUCGUAACUUGUCGGGUUCCCCCAGACCUCGCACUGUGAAGAAGGUUCACUUCAUCAAGAACAUGAGACAGUACGACACAAGAGGCAGCAGGAUCGUGUUGAUCUGUGCGAAGCGAUCUCUGUGUGCAGCCUUCUCAGUUCUGCCCUAUGGAGAGAGCUUUCACAUCAGUGAGCCCAGGCUGGACAGGCGCAGACAUUCCUCAGGGAACAUCUCCACCACUCUGGAGAUGCUACCAGGCCUGGAGGGGUUUGAACUGGAGGCCUACGGAAAGACGGUGUCAUACGCCCAGUUUCUGUACCCAACCAACGCCCUGGUCCGGCAGAAGACCCCAUCUGUGGACCACACCCUCCAGGUGCAACCCACACAGGUGAACCGGACCAGUACUCUUCCCAGAAACUACACCCCGUCCAGGCUGAGCAGCAAUGUGGGACUGGACCUGGAAAUCGAGACUCAUCAGACCAGGCAACAUUCUUCCAGUCUUCAACUGUCCAAUUUUGGUCUGGAUGAUUCAUCAGACUAUGACCCCAACCUUCUGAGUGACCCCCAGUGGCCCUGUGGGAAACACAAGAGAGUGCUGAUUUUUGCUUCAUAUAUGACGACGGUGAUUGAGUAUGUGAAGCCGUCUGAUCUGAAGAAGGACAUGAACGAGACUUUUAAAGAGAAGUUUCCACACGUCAAGCUGACACUCAGCAAGAUCCGGAGUCUGAAGAGGGAGAUGCGUUUGGUGGGUGAUGACUGUGGCCUGCAGGCGGUGACUGUGGCCAUGGCCUUUGUUUACUUUGAGAAGCUGGUCCUUCAAGGGCGACUCAACAAACACAACAGGAAGUUGGUGUCGGCAGCCUGUGUGCUCCUCGCCGCUAAGAUCAGCAGCGACCUCAAGAAGCAGGAUGUCACUCUACUCAUAGAUAAGUUGGAGGAGCGUUUCCGUAUCAGUCGACGGGACUUGAUCCCGUUUGAGUUCACCAUCCUCGUUGCCCUGGAGAUGGCUCUCUACAUGCCGGAGAGUGCCAUCAUGCCACACUACCGUCGUCUGGUUCAGAAGAACUAAGACCACACCCCCAAAUCAGCAGGACUAAGAGCACACCCCCAAAUCAACAGGACUAAGACCACACCCCCAAAUCAGCACAACUAAGACCACACCCCCAAAUCAGCACAACUAAGACCACACCCCCAAAUCAGCAGGACUAAGACCACACCCCCAAAUCAGCAGGACUAAGACCACACCCCCAAAUCAGCAGGACUAAGAGCACACCCCCAAAUCAACAGGUCUAAGACCACACCCCCAAAUCAGCAGGACUAAGACCACACCCCCACAUCAGCAGGACUAAGACCACACCCCCAAAUCAGCAGGACUAAGACCACACCCCCAAAUCAGCACAACUAAGACCACACCCCCAAAUCAGCAGGACUAAGACCACACCCCCAAAUCAGCAGGACUAAGAGCACACCCCCAAAUCAGCAGGACUAAGAGCACACCCCCAAAUCAACAGGACUAAGACCACACCCCCAAAUCAGCAGGACUAAGACCACACCCCUAAAUCAGCAGGACUAAGACCACACCCCCAAAUCAGCACAACUAAGACCACACCCCCAAAUCAGCAGGACUAAGACCACACCCCCAAAUCAGCAGGACUAAGAGCACACCCCCAAAUCAGCAGGACUAAGAGCACACCCCCAAAUCAACAGGACUAAGACCACACCCCCACAUCAGCAGGACUAAGACCACACCCCCAAAUCAGCAGGACUAAGACCACACCCCCAAAUCAGCACAACUAAGACCACACCCCCAAAUCAGCAGGACUAAGACCACACCCCCAAAUCAGCAGGACUAAGAGCACACCCCCAAAUCAGCAGGACUAAGAGCACACCCCCAAAUCAACAGGACUAAGACCACACCCCCAAAUCAGCAGGACUAAGACCACACCCCUAAAUCAGCAGGACUAAGACCACACCCCCAAAUCAGCAGGACUAAGAGCACACCCCCAAAUCAACAGGACUAAGACCACACCCCCAAAUCAGCAGGACUAAGACCACACCCCCAAAUCAGCAGGACUAAGACCACACCCCUAAAUCAGCAGGACUAAGACCACACCCCCAAAUCAGCAGGACUAAGACCACACCCCCAAAUCAGCAGGACUAAGACCACAUCCCUGCUCCUAACCAUCUUUUGCUCACAUGAGGAAUUGGGACAUAUGCUAUUUAAUCCCAUCAACUACAAGUUCUUCAGUCUUGCUUUACUUAUAGUGGAAUCCAUUCGUUCUUUCUAAACAUCUUAAACCUGUCUGUUGCCAUGCAUCCAAUUUCCACUAGGGUGUGCUAAAGUUAAGCAGUUAAUGUGAAGUCAGUUACUUUCUCCUGGGAAUACUGCUAAGGCCUGAUUCACACUAUGGGCCUGAAUCAGAAUGUCCAUUCCGCCUGGCUCAGAUGUAUUCUUCUCACGUGGUCCUUUUAGGAACCUGUUUUGCUCAAUAGUGUGAAUCAGGCUUUCAAACUGCAACGGCAUGGAUCUCCUGUUUCACUUAUCUGCCAGUAUCUUAGAGACACUGAGUUACACCACCAAAAAAAUGCCAUGACCUUUAUUUAUCUAACAUUUUGAAUAUAUUUUUUUAAUAUUUAUUGUAUUUAAUCGCAACUUAAGGGAUAUUUAUAUUAUAACCAACCAAAACCAUUUAAAUAUUUUGCACUGCCUUGUAGCCCGACUCCAGGCCUUAGCCUAGCCCUCUAUUCCAGCAUUAUACCCAAGUACCCGUUAGUGAGGUAGUGUGUCCCAAACGCCACCCUAUUCCAUUUUUAGUGCACUACUUUCAACCACACGCAAAGGCACUAUCAGGGAAUAGGGUGGCUUUUGGGACUGAGCCGAGACCCUCGUUUCCAUGUGUGAUAUUCCAUUUCAGCUGUUACUGUAUGAAUAUAGAGUGAUGAAGAGGAUGACUGUCGUGAUCUUCCACACCCUUUGCACGGAGAAACAAAAUGCACAGAUGUAUUACUGAAUCACACUCUAUGUUAGAGAAUACGUAUGUACUGAUCCAAGCACAUUUCAUGGUGCUUCUCAAUCGUGAUCCGACUUCUUCCUGUUCAACCUUGUGUUUGUAAUGUUUGCCGAUCGUUACGUGCAUUUGAACGUGCCACUGUGUAGCUUAGUUAGUGUUGUGUCGCCCCAAAAACUAGUACACUAUGAAGAGAAUAUGGUGUCAUUUGGGAGUCCCAUGUCAGUGUGUGUGUUAGAUUUAAAUGUGUUUAUAUACUUCAACAGUUUGUAAUAGUUUGUCUUUUUGAUAUCCCUCUCCGACACAGUACAAAGCCACGAAGGGGCUGUAUAGAACUAUUUAUUUAUCAAUAUAUAUUUUUGUUUUCCAUUUAAAUAUGCUUUUUUAACUUUUUGUUUAGCCUGUCACAGUGUCAUAGCAAAUGUGUUUAUAACUGUGUGUUUAUUGUUAUAGCACCGUUAGGAACACUGUGAUGUUAUAAGGCUUCGCAUGGAUUACACUGUUUGUAAGACAGAUGGGGACUAUAAUUACUUCUAAUGUCUUUCCACUGGUACAUUUGGCCCCUUGUGUUGUGAAUCACAAUUCAGCCGUUUUUGUGUUGUGAAUCACAAUUCAGGCGUUUUUGUGUUGUGAAUCACAAUUCAGGCGUUUUUGUGUUGUGAAUCACAAUUCAGGCGUUUUUGUGUUGUGAAUCACAAUUCAGGCGUUUUUGUGUUGUGAAUCACAAUUUAGGCCUUUUUGUGUUGUGAAUCACAAUUCAGUCCUUUUUGUGUUGUGAAUCAAAAUUUCAAGCAUUUUUGUGUUUUUAAUGAGAAUUUAGGCCAUGGUACAGUUUUGUCUUUGUGUCAUUAUCCUUAAAACGCAUAAGGUGAAAAUAAUCCUAAAUUUGAAUUUAGUUGAAACAGUAUGGUUGAUUUCUUUUGACAUGACAUUGCUGGUUUGUUACACUUAAUGUCUGCCUGACUGUCUGAGGUGGUUCAAUUCAUAUAACUACAUCCGUGUCGUAUCGGAUGUAAAGAGGGCCAUGGGAAAACAGAACGACAAAUGUUGAUGCCACUGCCACACUGAAUGCCAAUGGACACUGUUGGCACCUAGCGCCAUCUUGUGGGAAGAAAAGCAAUAACAGUAAGAAUUGAAAUCUUCAGACUUGAGGACACUCAGAAUGGACUCACGUCUAUAUAACAUUAUUAGUAUUUUUUUAUUGUGUCACGUCGUCUCACAGCAGUCUCAAAAAGGCCCAGAGGGGACCAAGUGCCUGAGGAGUAUGACAGCAUGUCUCUAAAACGUUUUGUAUGUAUGUAUAAAUGAUUUAUGUCCUACCGCCAACGCGUGACAACAAUCACAAAAGACUGUCCACAAAUGCUGUGUAUCCAACUGUAAAUCUCUCCUCAAAGUGGGCUAGUUUUGUUUUGUCACUUUAAAACACAUACAUUGUCCUGGCAAAAUUGUUAUCUUUGACUGAAGUGGCAGCCCAUGAUGCUUCCCCGGCCCAGAUAACCCCUGAGACUGAACUCUGGUUUAGACAGAGACGCUAUGGUCCUGAUCGACUGCAGAGUGACCAGUCUAGUGACCUUUUUUCCCAAAUAAAUAUUCAGUGUCACACA